AUGACGAGUAGAUAUCAGUCAGAUCCUAGAGAGAGUCAUUGGAUUGCGGUAAAGACUAUCCUCAAGUAUCUUAGAAGAAUAAAAAACAUGUUCUUAGUUUUCGGAGGAGAUGAAGAAUUGGUCGUUAGAGGAUAUACUAACGCCAAUUUUCAGACAUAUCGGGAUGAUCUGAAGUCGCAACAAGGUUAUGUGUUUUGUUUAAAUGGUGUAGCUGUUUGUUGGAGGAGUUCCAAGCAGGAGAUAGUUGCAGAUUCAAUAGCUGAGUCUGAGUACAUAGCAACUUCAGAGGUAGCAAAGGAAGCUGUGUGGAUCAAGAACGUUAUAGCAGAGCUUGAAGUGGUUCCUAGCAUUGUUGAUCCAGUUGUGCUAUACUGUGACAAUAAUACGACCAUAACGCAAGAAAGAGAGCCAAUGUCUCACCAAUGA